GUGAACGUUUUAGAAUUCAACUAAAUGGAACCAGUCAAAUUGUUUCCGUUGAAUUGGAGAAACAAAUAAUUCGCUUCCCAGAUACAUACAACACUAUGGUUCGUCAACAAACUUUGAAAAUUAUUAACAAAUCCAAUUAUUUACUUACGUAUAUGUGUAUGAAAAAUGAAUCUGUGUAUCAUGAUUUUGAAGAAAAGGUAAAGCUUGCUAAAAUAUUUUACAAUUUAAAAGACAAGGAAUCCGCAAAGUCUGCUAAACUAGUCCAAUACGGUAUCAUGAGCUGCGAGGAACAUGAAAGAGUUUACACGAGGAUAUUUUUUGAUGAAGUACAGGCACUUGUAGUUGACGAAAAAUUGUUCUUUCAAAACAUGCAUUUCACUAUUAAUCCAAUUAAAGGAAAGCUUUGGCCCAAUGAAUCAACAGACCUUACUGUCACGUUUGCACCUAAGGAACUAGGUGAAAUAAAUGCGUCUUUGUAUUUAGACAUUGAAGGCGUUGCGGAUCGCGUACCGUUGACAAUGGUCGGAACAUCUAUGCCUCCCCUAAUAAAUUUAAACUUAGAGACACUCAAUAUGGAUCGUGUGUAUAUUAACAAGACUUAUAACUACGAAGUGGUCGCUAUUAACAGAGGGCAUAUAAAUGGAGUGAUAGAGUAUAAAGAAAUACCACCCCUAUUUGGAAGUGUCAUAAAUUGUAUACCAAAACGGCAUUGUUUGAGAGCCGGAGAUAAGGAGACGUUCAUCGUAUCAUUUUGUAAUUCGAAUCAAGGACCAUAUUUCGAAGAAGUCAAUUUCACAAUCAGAGACACUGAUAUUGUUCUCAAGCUGUACCUAAAGGGUGAAGUAAUAUAUCCCUCACUAACGUUCAGUUUGCCUUGUUUGGAUUUUGGGGUUGUAAGUUUAGGAGUACCAAAAACGCUAGAACUGGAUGUGAUAAACGAAUCCGUUGUUCAGGUCCGGGCGUCUGUUAAGAUUUCCUCGGACGGACCGGAAAUUAGCAGUAUAACAUUAACCGAUUAUGCUGUAGCAUCAAAACCUAAGCCCAAUGUACCUCAAUGGCCGAGAGAGUUCAAUAUUGAACCUAGCAACAUUGACAUGGGACCUGAAUCUAGAAUCACUCUGAGGAUAACGUUAACAGCAAAUUUGAUUAGAACAAAUCAAACUUCUUUAGAAAUAGAACUUGAAAAAUCGGACAGCGCUCCCAUCGUUUUGCCUGUAGUUUUUAGUGCUGUAGUCCCGGAGAUAGUACCAGCCCAAGAUAUCAAACUACGAGCGUGUUUCAUAGAUUUUCCAUACCAACACGAAAUAAAAAUAACUUCUAAUCAAUUUUGGGGUUAUUUUACGGUCGACGAAAUUAAGGAACAAUCCACGUUAGAAGUUGAUGUUGCCGUUAAAGAGUGCUUGAUCGAACCCAACAGCACAAUAUGUUUACCGGUAACGAUAAAAACAAGUGUACUUGGAGAACAGGAGUUCAUUGUGCGACUGCAUCUUUUCGGCUUGACGAAACCUAUUGACAUAUGCCGCAUUACGGGCUGUGGUGUGCGACCUAUCGUCACGUGUUCCCCUAUGGCUCUGCAUUGGGGUCAGGUUAAAUUGUUGACUAAAUCUCAAAAAGUGUUAACGCUAUGCAAUGACUCCCCGGUGACUGUUACAUUUAGGGCAUCUUUGUUGAAUAAAGAUAGUCACUGGAGUAUUCGUCCUUCUGAAGGCUACAUUGACCCUGAGUCCGAAACAGAUUUAUUCUUUACACUCUAUUUAAUCGACGCCGAUUUAUAUACGAACAAAGCUGUGAUUCAACUCGAAAAAGUUAAGGAAAUUUUAGUGCCGCUCUCAGCUACGGGAAUCGGUACAAGUAUUGUAGUCGGGGAGCUCCAGGACCAUAUCGUACUCGGACGACAUUUCACAAGAGUUCCGUUUACCUGCAAAGUGAUCAUGGAAAACUUUGGCACCCGCUUACACGCAUUAGAGUGGAGUGAGCAUUACAAAGCGCCAAAAAAUAAACAACCAACUGUGAGCUUCUUUACUCUUGAGCCUAAAGCAUUCAAGAUGGGCUCAGGAGAAAAAAUGGAAUUAGCAGUGAGCGGAACGUCUUCGAAAAUUACAACGGUAAAGGAAACCUGGUACCUCAUAGGCAGUAUUGAAGGUGUUAAUAAAAAAGAGCUAUUACUGGAAUGCCAAAUCACAGCAGAAUUCGUAGAUCCAAAUAUAGAAAUUUCAUCGCCUGUCGUAGAACUACAGUACGAUCAUGGGCCGUAUAGCGAAUAUUAUAAAUUAACUGAUAUUAUAAGUAUAAAAAAUGUGGCGAAAUUACCGUUGGAUCUGGAUAUUACAGUGAAACCGCCAUUUGCUAUAAUUCAGAAGCAAAACACUUACAAAAUUCAACCUGAUGAAGAAAAUCUCUGUUGUUGUAUUCGCUACAAUGAGAAUGACUUGAAUUUGCCAAGUAUUAACAGUGAAUAUGGGCCUAGAAAAUCACAGGAACUAAUCGACUUCUUGACUUUGAAACCGGUCGAGCCUCUACGCUUAGGACCACUUAAGUUCUUUGAAGAUAUACAUAAAAUAAAAAAGGCAUUUACAUUAACCCACUCUGUUGAGGAACGCUUGGAAGAUGAAGAAAUUAUGAAACUUCAAAUUUUGUUUGAUACAACAAAACAUUCGAGUUUAAAAUCCAAAGUUUACUCGGAUUUGAUGAAAAUAAAAUUUAAAGGCCACAAAAAUAAGGAUGCUAUUAAACUGAUUGGAACAGUAAAUUUUCCUAAUCUGUUGGUUUUAUCCCCAAAAGUGGACUUCCAGUGCCUACUUAAUGAGAGCGUAAUCAGCAAAACAAUAAAAAUACAAAACGUGACUCCCCUCUUAGUUUGCUACAUGCUACAUUGGAAAAAAUAUGUAGUUUCCAACGGAGCGGAGCCACAACCGAAUACUUUUAAGCGUUCUAGUUAUGCAAGUGAUAUCAAGGCGCAAAGUGACGAGACUGAAUCUAAUGAACUGGAAGAACAAAGAAUUGAAAUUAGAGAAACUGGAAAAAAUGUUACGGAAAAAGUUACACAAAAUAUUACUAGUAUAUUCGAGGAGAAAUUUUUGGUCUGGGAAGGAAAACUUGGAGAAAUGAAAGAAAAAGUGGAAAAUCAAGAAAAAAGAAUUCAUUACCUGGAAAAACAAACAAGAGUAAGAAACUUAGUAUUUUUCGGUAUCGAGGAAAACGAAACAUCAUACAAGAGUUUCGAAGAAAAUAUAAUUAAAUGGAUUGAGCAAUAUUUCUCUAUCAAACUAACCUACAGCGACAUUCAAGAGAUAAAAAGACUGGGAAAGAAACAAGAGAGACCACGUCCAACUGUUGUAACUUUCACUACACUAGGAAUAAAAAUCGAAAUAUUUAAACAAAAAAGAGCGCUGAAAGAUACACAGUACUAUAUGAAAGAAGACUUCCCCAAAUAUGUACUUGAAAAAAGAAAGGCACUACAGGAACAACUGAAAUUAGAGAGGGAAAAGGGAAAUACAGCUAUACUCAAAUAUGAUAAACUAAUUGUAUCAAAAUACCAAAGUAAAAGAAAAUACCGGUCAUCUCCAGACAAUACCCCACAAAUCAAUAUAGACAAGUAUACUCAGGCUAGUAAAAAAAACAAGACAAAGCAGAUUGGCAAGACAGUCACUAGGUCAAAUAGUAUCACAGAAGGAGUCAUAAAACCUAGCAUGCUCAACUUCUUAGUUAACAAAAAUACAAUCAAAACUAACAACAACCAAGAAAUUACCAGCGCCAAUGAAAUGAUAGAAUGUCGGGCAUCCGUUAUUUCAAAUUUUAAUAAAGACUUUGAUAACUAUCCGAAAUCAAUGAAUACAGAAGCGCUCGUUAACGGCCAUACGACUAGUGAUUUAACAAGUUCCGAGGAAAUGAAAUCAAAUAUAUUACAAAUAUUAACACCUAUGCUAUAUCCAGAAUAUGAUGAAAAUUUCUGUUGGGUUUCAAAGUUUCCGAAAAAGUGUAAGGACAAUAAAUUCGAGAUAAACCAAAUAUGUCAGGUGAUACCACAUCGAGGAAUUUUGAAACCGGAUGAAAUACAAUAUAUACAUGUAAUAUUUAGGCCACCUCCUAAUGUUAGCGUUCGCGCUAUUUUAGAAUGUGAAGUUUUAGGAGGUCCGCCUGAAAGUGUAUUAGUCACCGGUCAGAGUUCAGAUUUGAGGUAUAACAUUGAUGCGAAGAGAGUAAAUUUUGGAAUAAGAUCUUUUUACGAGAAGGCGUCUUUAAAACUGUCGAUAUCAAAUGUAGCACAGCUGCCGUUUGAACUUAAAACUUAUUUAAACGAACCAAUGAAUGAAAAUGUAUUUGAUGCACUUAUAAUCGAUUUAAUACCACAACAGCAGGUAUUGGAGCCCGAAGAAAUAGCAGAUAUUAAUAUACUGGUAUAUCCUGGAGUGACAGGAUGUUUCAAUAGAAAUUUUCUGUUAGAAAUAGGUCAUUUACCAUAUUUUCCGAUUGAAGUAUGCGGCUGGGGGGUUAUUCCUCAAGUUUAUAUCGUGUUACCGAGACCAGAUAUUUGUCAAUUAAACGUAGAGUUCGGCUAUGAAGCAAUUUCUACAUUAACUUUGGAGUACUUAGAAGCAGUUGGUGAAAUUUUCCACAAAAAUAAUUCAGAACAUUUGAACACUCCGCUAGUUGAAAAAUGUUUUGAAGAUCCAUUUUUCCAAUGUGAUUGGCAUAUUUGUUCACCUUGGGAUUACUUUCCUUCUAAAAUGGAUAUUGAAUUAGCAAUAGAAAGGAAAUUAGUAGUGUACCACUUGAAACAGAGACCAGAAAUUUUGAGGGCAUAUUCAACAAGUAAUAAAAAUAACUCGAUUACUGGAUUCAGUACGACACCUUACGUCAUUGAUUUCGGUGUUGUAAUAACGGGUACUACGGUUCACCGAAUUAUAGAAGUAAUCAAUUAUGGACCGGUUCCUACGAAAUUACAUUUCGCAAAAGGUACCCAGUUCCCUACUUGGCUGACUAUGAAGCUGUGUGGUAAAUUAAAUCCUGGCGAUACGGGAAAACUGGAAGUUGUCUUCUCCCCAUCAUCUGACGAUUUUCCGGAGUUAGAAGAUACAGUAGACACUUGUAUUUAUUCAGAGGUACCAUUCGGCGUUACGAUACCGAUUAAAGUAAAAUCUAUUUGUGCCGUACCGUAUUUAGUAUCGAGCGUGAAAGAAAUUCAUUUUGGAUCUGUCCGAUGCGGCGAUAAGAUUAUUUGUUCCAUACCAUUGAAGAAUAUCGGUAAGCCGACGUGUAUUUGGUAUGUGACAUUAAAGCUUAAAACAUCUGGACCGAAUCCCAUGAUGAUUUUGGAUAGUUCAGGAAAAUAUGAACCUGGCGAAGGAGGUUGGCUGAGCAUCGCCUUCAAGCCUACUCUAGAGAUGACAUAUGAAGGAAUCUUGAUAUUUAGAUUCCAUAUGAAUCCCAAUCGAAUGACGAUCCCGGUGUAUGGACAAGGCGUCGUGCCUCAUGUCCACGUGAUUGGGCCAAAUGUUGAUUUCCCACCGACUCUGCCAUGGGCUGAAACGAAUUAUCUAUAUUUCGGGAUUACAAAUCCUUGCUCGUUCCCGAUCGAAAUUAUAAUCGCACAUAGUGAUGAAAAAUGGAAGGAAGAAGAUGAGAUAUACCAAUUAUUACACAAGUAUUACAGCAAACCCGAUGAAAUGUUAGUUCCUGCUAUCAAACCCGGUAUUGGCUUCCCGCCGGAGGUUGUUAAUUUCUACAAAAAGUUUACGGAGCAAGUUAGGAAGAUUAAGGAUGACGAAGCUUCCGCUGCAACAGCCGCAAACCUCAAGACACCAUUAAAAAAACCCGGAAAAAAUCCUAAAUCUACAACCAAGUCAACAACACCUAAAGAAUCUAGUCCGAGGAUAUUCAGAACGGAAGCUGAAAUUAUCGCAGAUGAAAUAAUAGCAAUGAAAGACCGCCAGGUUGAUCCUUUGAAAGAAUGUUUGCAUGUCUUUGAAAAUUUAUCAACAGUUACUGAAUUCGAUAAACAUUCGAAGGGCAUUAUUAUCUUUGUACACGGAUCUCCAUGUGAAGAAAUACAAUGUCAAGAAAUUGCGUACUCAAUUGGGAAAAAAUUAAAAAUUCCAACUAUAAAUAUAGAUUUGUGUAUUGUCGAAGCACUGUGCACUCUUGAAUGUUCAGCAAAAACGCUUAUAAUGAAUGCCCUUAAUGAGUGCUACGAAAUGUUUCGGAAAAGAACCACUGAUCAUUUCGCCGAUAACGAAAACGAUGCCGCUAAUGAUGAGACUCUGAUAGACAAUGAAGACGAAUUCGACAUGAUACUUCGGAAAUUGCAAUAUCUAGUUAUAAAUAAAAACAUACCGACGCCAAGAUCUAAAGGUAGUGAAAAAAAGAAGAAGAAAUCUCCGAACUCCUCAAUGACAUCGCAUUCAGCAUUAGGGGCACUUGGCUCCACGACUAUGUUCAAUAUGGACUUAAUACAAGAGCUACUGUCAGAAUUUUUCGAGCUACCUAAGUUUAAUAAAGGCUUUGUAAUGGACUCUUUGUCUAGUACAAUAUUUAACAAUCCAGUUUUAGUUUUGACAACGGUUUUGAAAUGCAAACAUUCAAUAUGGAACAUUCACCUCGUAUUGUGUCAGUCGGAUUUUAAUAAGUGGGCUCAAGCGCACGACGAGUCACAGAGAGAAACGGAUUUUCUUGCUGAGAAUAUUUCUAAAGUGUACGAAGAAAACGAAAUUAAAAAUAUCGUUGAAACUGUAGAAGAUAUGACAGCGGAGGAAUACGAAAAUGCACCACCAGAGCUACGGUCGAUUUAUCAGACGUAUGGUUUAGAGGAACGAAGAAAAAAGUACAAUAUAAUAGUAAAACCUGUUAAUGAAACAAUUAAGAAGGAAAAAUUUGCCAAAGAACAUAGCAAAUCACUUUUGGCGGUUGAAGGCUCAGAGUCCAGGAAAAAAAUAAAAAAGGACGACGUGAAAGCGAAACCAACAAGCGAAUAUUUAGCAAUGAAUACAAAAUAUAACGAAUAUUAUAAAAAUACGUACGAGAACCUCAUUAACAUCGCCAACAAUUGGAUUGUGGAGGACUGCGAUGUUGGAACUCCUUUAAUAGGAUUGAACGGGCAAGUCGUCGGUUCAGCUCAGAAAAAAACAAAAAAGAAAUCUGAAGUUCAGAUACAGGUAUCUGAAGUAAGCAUCGCAGAAAGAGGAUUUCCAUUAACUUUAAUUAUGUGCCCGUGUCUACGAUAUAAAGAGGCUGUAGUGAGCAUGUUUUCAAAAUCGCAACUGGUGCAAGAUGCUUUGAAAAGCGAGCAAGAUUUUGAUAUACUAAGCAGUCCAGUGACUCGCAAAGAGUUCACAGUGCUAUUGCCGAAAACAUUUCCUAAGCUAUUACACGAAGAAUCUCUAGGAUGGCAUUUUUUAGAUGAAGCAUCGAUUAAGAAAUGUGAAUGUAAUCCCAUAAAUGAUCUCAAUUUACUGGACGAUGCUACUCAAGAUAACGUAUUAAACAUUUUAACGAAGUGGCAUUGUAUUUGUGGUAAAAAGGUAACAUCAGCACAAACUUCAACCAGUGAGAUACCGUCCGCUUCCAUAGAGAAAACAGAGAGUAGUGAAUCUGAAACGUUUUAUCCAUUACCACUACGUAGCGUAAAAUCCUGUCACGCGCCUGGCGGGCGUCUAGUUCUGCAGCCCGGUGACCUAGUUAGAUGCAAAUACUCGUUCAGUCCACACGUAGAAGGUAAUUUUAGCGUGAAACGCUUCGUCGAAGUAAGCGGGUGGCCUGAAUCGAGGGUAACGAUCAAAGUUCGAGGAAUAUGCGAUUUGCCUAGACUAGAUACUAGACCUAAAAAGAUGUUCCAAAAUUUUAUUCGUAGAACUAUGGACGAUACAAUCUAUAAAAAGACUUAUUUGGAUGACCUUAAAAUAUUUCAAUUUGGACCAAUUUUCAUUGGAAAUAAUAGAAUUUACGAAGAAGAAUACACAAUUUGUCUCCGAAAUUCAUCAUUAAUAACCGCAGACGUGGAUAUAGAAUUUUUGGAAGAAACUAGUGUUUUUCAAAUAAACAAACAAUUUAUUCGAUUAGAGCCUGGAUGUCGCGAAACUGUUAUUAUUUCAGCGGCUCCUAAUGAAGUAGGAACAUAUAACAGUGUACUGCUAUUUUGCAUCAAAGAUAACCCUGAAGUGAUAGCAGUAAAUAUAUCGUGUAGCGGUGUUCUGCCUUCCGUUGAAAUAUUGCCACUGAAUAAAUUAAUUGAAUACGGAAAACAUUUACUGUAUCGGCGUGAAGAUGACAGGUUUAUUGUAAGAAACGAUUCUAUUUUGCCUAUAAUGUGGAAGAUACGAAACGCACAAGAGUUUUUAAAAGAUUUCAUUAUAGCACGUACAUCCGGUAUAAUCGCCAGGCAAGAUAACCAAGUUGUGCCGGUGACGUAUAUAGCUUGUAGUGUUGGCGUCAUUUCACACAAACAACUAAUAAUCGAUAUUUACGACGAAGAAGGUCGCGGAGAACCCAUGAUAGUGGAUAGCAUAUAUUUAUCGGCCGAAUGCUAUGACGUCAUGGUGGAUUGCGCUUACGAAAAUCCUUCAGAGAAUUUCCUAAACUACGGCAACGUAAAAGUCAAUUCGACUGUCGUGAGAGAAAUGUAUCUGUUGAAUCGCGGAAAAUAUAGUAUUUAUUACAAACUUAAGAAGGUCAAGAAUUUUCCGGAACCUUCUUUGCUGCGAUCGUUCGAAGUCGAGCCGGAGUGUGGCGUUAUUCCACCAACUUUAAAGCUUAUUUCAUUAGAAUUUGAAUGUACCCCUUCAACUUCUGUAAAUCUUGUAAAAGAGCCCGCGUACAUCUGCACGCUACUUGAUAGCAGUAAAAGCCAAGUCGUUGUUGCCAAGUUUCCAGUUUGUGUUACUAUCGCAUCGUUUUACAACACAUUCACUUUGUUUCCACUGGGUGAGUUAAAUUUCCACAUAAUACCAGUUGGCAGUGGCGUUGUGAGAGAAGUAAUAUUGAACAAUACCAGUAAAUGUCCCUUUACGUAUGAAAUCGUGCUGCCAUCUCAGUACCAGCUGGAUCCCGCAGUCCAGCAACUUCCAACAAAAGGCAAAGACAACAAAAUAAAAAAUCCUCCAAUGAAAUGUGGAAAUUUUCUGAUAAUGAACGACGACAAUCUUCUUGCACCCGGUACAAGUAAAACGAUUCAAAUACAAUUUUUGGCGACUGCAGCCAGAAAAUUCGAAGAAACCAUUAAUUUUAUAAUCAGUGAUACUUGCCCGGCAGAGGCACAGGGAGUGCCAUUAAAACUAGUUGGGACUGGAGCAAUGCCGACUUUAGACAUCUGGAAUAUAGAGACUACUUUUAGAGAACAUUUAAUUGUAAGAGAUUUAUCUGAAUAUAAAGUUCCCGAGUAUACAGCGCAUUGUGUGUUUGUCGAAAAUUCAGUAACAUUACACUUCUUCAGUGUAACAGUGAACACUAGUUUCACUGCUGCAUUAGAUUUGUCUAACAGUGGUCUAGUUGCUUGUGCGUUAACAAUGAAAUUACAAUACCAGUCGAAUACGGACAAUACGAUAUUCUCCUUAGAUAAAUAUGAAACCCACAUCGAACCAUUGACUCAUAAAAAGCUUGGUAUAAUAUUUAGGCCGAAAGCUCUUCAGGAAUACCGGGCAGUAUUAGAGAUAAAACUUAAACUGUUAGAAAACCAAGAACAAUCGUUUCGGAUUUGUUUGAUAGGCGAAGGGGUUAUACCCAGAAUAAAAAUUGUAGCACCGUUGUUAAGGCAAAACAGGAUUGCGCUCUUAACAUUUCCAGUUACCUGUCUAGGGUCGAUUAAUACUAAAGUCAUUCGUUUUAAAAAUGUUAGCACUGUCAUAAGCGUUGUUGUUUUGAAGAUCAUAGAACAACAGCAUGACCUACGACCAGUGUUCUGGUUAUCAACUGCAGCAGAUCAAGAAAUCGAUGUGAUUGAAAAUUACGACAAAUCGAAUCUAACAAUGAUUAUAACAUUGAAACCUGAAGAAAUUGCUACAAUUAACGUUAAUUAUAAUCCACUAAAAAAAGGCAAGAUUAGUUGCGACGUGAAACUGACUAUUGUAGACAAUCCUUAUGAAUAUUUCACGGUCUUAUGUGAAGGUGAAUCCUUUAUGGAAGACGUAAUACUAAUGGGCAUAGAAAUGCUGCCGAUGGAUACAGAUUUAGAAACUUAUCGAUAUUCCGGUGACGGGACAAUGUCAACAGUAUCCACUAUGGAUAGUCGAAAAAAAAGCCGCAGUGCUCCUGUCGAUAAAAAGAAAUCUAAACAGCUAGAAACACGAAAAACUAAACGAGUGUCAGUAGGCUCUACGAAGCAAAGUGAAUGUAGCUUACAAAACGCAUGUCUAAAGUAUGUCUUAGAUUUUGGUGGAUGUGAAUUGUGUUCAUUACAAAAGAGAUCCAUCAUCAUGAUAAACAAUUCGGAAAAAGUUUAUAAAUUUAUUUGGGAUAAAGUAGAUUAUAUUGUGGUAAAACCAUCAGUUGGUUAUAUUUCCCCUGGCGAAGAGAAAGAUUUGGAAAUAAUUUUCUUUGCUGGACAACCAGUUGUUAUUAAAAAGGAAGUCUUCCAUUGUACCCUGACAGUGAUAAACGAUGGUACACUAGGUGAUCUAAACGGUGCCACAUGGGAUAACCGCCAAACUAUAACAUUGUUUGACCAAAAUAUAAGCGUCAAUGAAAGACUAGAAGUCGUUUUAGAAGAACAGCCAACCUUACCUAGUGACUAUUUCUCUGAAAUAAAUAUGGUAGUUAUUUAUUCAGCGAUCACUGAAUAUACGAAAUAUGCAUGUUCAUUGAAUGAAGAAUAUAUUUUACCGGAUACCUUCAUAUACCAAAACAGAACCAUAGACUUCGAGGUUGAAAAUGUAGGGAAUGUACCCAUGAAGAUAGCUUGGACCUUUCAAAUUGACGAUGAAUUUCCAUUAAGAGUUUUCGAUAAUGUUUGCGGAUCGAUAAUUGAAGAAGAUACAAACAAUGUUAGUGUCGAUGAUAGUUUUAAUGAGUACAAUGCAAUGAACAGAAACGAACUACCUAAUAUAGACCAAGAAAAAUUGCCAAGUAAAGAGACAUUGUUUAGUAAAAAUGACGACAGACAAAGCGUGGACACCUGGUUUGAAGUAGAUUUACCGUUUAAAGUCGAACCUGAUAAGGAAUGUUUGAAGCCGAGUGAGAUAAGGCAGUUCAGAAUUACAUUUUCUCCUUUUGAAGCUUUUAAGUACAAAGUGAGGUUAAGGAGUACAAUUGAUAAUUUGGAUCCAUACGAUCAGAACGUGUCUUGCAAGAUCAUAGCCGAUUCACUGGUACCGUUUUGUCAUCUCGACAUAGAAGAAAGUAACUAUUUAACAUCAGACAGAAGGAAACCGGGUAGCGUUGUACUGCCUCCACAUACAGCCGUACUGGAAUUUAAUGUACUAGGAUCUGGAUGUUACAAAAAAUCGUUCAACGUAAUUAAUCCAACGAACGAACCUUACGAGUUUAUAUUUGAAAUGGUUCAGUCUGACAGCGCAGAACUCGUCCCCGUUCACUGCAAUAAAUUAAAAGGAUACAUCGAGGGUGGUACACUAGCAGACGUGACGUUUACAUUUUCACCAACAGAGCCGGGGGUUUAUGAAUCACAAUGGAAAUUCUUGAUACCGUCACGAAAUCUCGUCAUGAACUUACUCAUAGUCGGCACUGUCAGAGAACCAGACGUUGUGUUUGUACCCACGAUUCUGGUCAUUAAAAAUUCAUUGGUUGGCUUCACGAAAACCGACGUUGUGAUAUUACAAAACAAUGAAAACGAAAGUCUGAAAUUCGAAUUUAAAGGUGAUUCAUUGUGCAACGACUCUGGGAAAACUCCAGUUGUCGUUGAACCCGCGUGCGGGAUCAUGAAACCAAUGUCCGAAACUCCUAUUAAAAUAAUCUACACUCCGAUAUUGGACGGUCCGUUAUCGUUCAAGCUAUUCUGUAGCGUGACUCACUUGAAAAAGUUUUUGACUUUGUGCGUGAAUGCGCUGAGCUAUGAAAUAAAACCUAAAGUAACGUAUUAUUUGAUUGGGAACGAACACAUUUUGAACAAUGACACGUUAACUAAAAUAUAUUUGGAUCAGACUGCGUCGACGUAUGAAAGAACAGUACCGUUUACUAUAAAAAACGAUGGCUCCGCAACUUUCUUUUUCGAUUGGCGUUAUGAUACGAGGGCCGUCAAGAAGUAUCUACAAGUCACCGUAGAACCUAAGUGUGGUCACGUAACUCCGAGUGGCGAGGUUGAGUGCGUCCUGUACUUCACACUAAAACAAGUCCCGGUUCAGGCGUUCCCUGUUACAUUAUUUAUUUCUGAUGGUCCAGAAUAUAAUAUAUUUUUAUACGCUGAAAUCGAGAAGCCCUUGUACCAUUUCACGUGUAUGGAUUACGAUUUUGGAAAGUGUUUUGUGAAUACACCAGACAGUACAUACAAGAAAAAUAUAGCCUUUUGUAACAACGAUAAAACCCCUUUGACCAUUGAUUUGAAUUUCAACAAUUUACCGGAGUUAUACGUCGAUUAUCCCAAAGUGUCCUGCGUUGAAGCAAAUCAAAGACUUAAGAUAGCUAUUUUCUUUAGACCGAAACAAGUCAGAGAAUAUGAGUUUAAAUUACAGUUCUGGGUCAACUCUCUCGUUGAAGAAGUCGUUACCAUUAAAGGAGAAGGUGUGCCUUUAUUAUUCGAUCUCUACGAAGGGUGCCAAAAGAGUUUCGAUCUUGGACCGGUUAAACUUGGGGAGAAAAUAAUUCGUAGAAUAGAAGUAAUGAACCACAGUAAAAUCCCGAUCGAUGCCAGUUUUAUAUUCAGAGAUAUGUAUCCCGUUGUGGAUGACACGACGAUCUCUCAGAUAACUAGCGUGUGCCUUAGUCCCAGUAACACGAAUAUUCAGGCAGAUGCGGGCCCAUCUAGAGGAAAGAUGCUUCAGGACCACAAAAAUGACAUUGUUACUAAUCAAAUUGCUAUGGACAUACAAAAUGCUUUAUCUUCUUUAAAAGUUAUACCAAAUAAAUGCAAAAUAAUGCCGCAUCGAAAAAUACCUCUCAAGAUUCAAUUUAAGCCACUUGGAAUGAUUAAUUCAUUAAGCGUCCAGUUGAACAUGAAAGUUCUUGAAUUCGAAAAGCCCCUGGUGCGACUCAGCGGAAGCGCAACGGGCAUGAGUCUUUGUUUGAGCCAAAAUUCAUUACAAUUUGGGCGAGUACGUAAACGAGGCUGUAAAGUAUUGAAAGUGAUGCUAUUGAAUAAAGGGGACUUUGGUGCUAGAUUUUGGUGGCAGCCUUUGACGUCUGACGAAUUUACUAUUUCCCCCCAAAAAGGAAACAUCGCGGCCCAUACAAACGUAACAUUCACUAUAACUUUUAGACCGCUCAAUCACAAUCCGUUCAUCAAAGUUUGGGCAAGCUGUAACAUUGAAAACUUCAUGCCACUAGAGUUGGCACUGUACGCGACUUGUGUUGAUAUAGGGAAUGUUCAAAACAAGUCGCUUUACUUGGAAUGUCCCGUACGUGAGCUACAGACCGAAUAUGUGGUGGUCACUAAUCCUUCUGAUGAUCUGUGGCUAGUUUUGUCGGAACUAUCUGGUGGCCCAUUUGAAACUCUAAAGCAAUUCAAUGUUGAACCCAAUUCGACCUUUGAAAUACCGGUACAUUUCAAACCAAAGGCUAUUGGAAAACAUGAGGGCCAGGUUGUGUUCUCGCCUCUCGGUGAAAGCGCUUUGUUCGUCAGUUUGGUCGGAGCAGCAACACACCCUAAUCCGAAUGGAACAAUAAAGAUAACAGUGGCUGCUAAAGAUUCGCACAUGGAAGAAUUACUCGUUUAUAACAUUACUGAGUUUCCAGAAUCUUAUUCAGUUUCAACAGAGCUAGUAAAGAUAAUUCCGGAUAAGUUUGAUGGGUACUACGAAAUUAAACAUCCUGAAACUAUCAAAGUUUGGGGGGAAGCUGCGGCGACAUGCAGGUGGAUAUUUGUCUGUUACGAAGCAUGCGAAAUGCAAUUGAAAGUGAUGUUCGUGAAUGAGGUAACACGAGAAUAUCAGUUUUAUAACAUGAUCGCAACGGUCACCCAGAGUCAAAUUGUCGACACCCUGUUCUUCGAAUGCCAAGCUCGCGAAACGAUACAACGAGAACUGAUCGUUUCAAACCCAUUGUCGCAAGACGCAGAGUUCCGGGUGAAAUGCGAAACGUUACAUUGUCCGGAAGCUAUGAAAAUUAGUCGAAAUUCAGAGAGUAUUUUACUGAUGUCGUACUCGCCAUUAGUGGUCGGCGAGAGGGAGGAUACAUUGGAAAUCUACAAUAACUUAGUUGGCACUUACAUAUACAGAGUGAAGCUUAAGUGUCUCCCGGGCAAAGAGAAGAAUCUUGAAUUUACGACAAGUUUUGGUACUUGUAUACCUUUACGACUUCGAAUACAGAAUAAAACCGAUGUGAAAACAGAUUUCAUAACUGAGGUAUCUCAUUCUUCAAUUCAAAUAGAUAAAGAAUGUUGCUUGGGACCAUUAGAAAAAGGAAAGAUUUUAGUGUGGUUUGAACCAACACAGUUGGGAGUGCAGAAUUGUAAAGUGUCCUUCAAAUCGACGCUCGCUGGUGAAUUUGUAUUUAAUAUUAAAGGAAUAGCGACGGAACCCAAGCCGCAGGGCCCGUACGAAGUUAAGGCUGGUGGAUUUACGUCUAUUAAAUUUAAAAACGUCUUCGAUUCAUCGAGAAUGUUCAAAAUAUACGUAGACCGUGAGGAGUUUUACGUUAAAACUAUGUUUGAAACUAUAAAACCAAAGAAGGACCUGAGAAUAUCUGUUUAUCUGAAUGACAAGCCCGCACAAGGCUGGACAGAAGUACCUACUGGAUGUUUAACUAUAGAGACACACGAACCAGCUGAACCUAAAGUACACUGGACUUAUUUUCUACAGGGAAAACAGUAGAUUCAAAACGUUAAUUUCUAUAAUAAUCAAUAUUAUAAUGGGAAUGGUUUAAAUAUAUUUGGUUAUUGAAUAAAUUGAAUAGAUUAAAUUGCGUAUUCAGAAUUUUAACGACAUCUAUAUAGGUGCGUGUCGCUGCGAGCAUUCGAGUAUCUGGUGCAUUAAUUAGCUAGAACGUGAAGCCUUAAAUAACUUGAUAAAUGUUUCUCAAUCGGGUUAAUUGAUUGGUUGGCUUCUCUUGGUUGGUUAGAACACUGUUGUCAACCCCCUGGCGCCGCGUGUCUGGUUGUAGUGUUAACCGCGGAAAAUCCCCUACUCUGACCGGGUUUUGACCCCGAACGGACGUCGGGUGUAAGAGUGCAGGGGAGUC